GUCUGUCUGUGUGUCCCCUGUGUCUCUGCAGAAGGACAAUGUCCCCGCAGUCUGGACUGUGCCCGCGAGGGACGCCACUUCUGCCAGCCGGGCUCCUCGCGCUGCGGGCCGUGUCUGGCACCCCUGACGGAGAGCAAGAGGGGCACAUGUGUGGUGAGGAGACAACAGCACCCUCGCCACCACCUCAACAAGGCCAAGAGCCUACCUGAGCUGGACGAGGAGAUCGACUUCCUGUCCUCUGUCAUCACCAAGCAGCUGAAAUCUGAGUCCAGACACUCAGUCUCCUCCUCUCAGGUCACCUUGACAGCUGAUGGGGAUAUUACAGUUCCCCAUAAGACUCACCACACAACCGAGGCCACCCCCACCCCCACCCCGGACACCGCAGAACAUCCCAUAACCAGCGGCCUCACCACGGCGAUGCCCAUCACUACCAUGGCAACCACACUGGCCUCGCACCUGCCACAAGCUCCGGCUAUGCAGAAGGGACCGCUGGCUGUCCCCGACUCAUCCAAGAGCAACGCGUUCCUAAUCAUGACUGGUGUGUGUCUCAUGGUAGCAGCAGUGGUCCUGAUCUUGGCAGCCACUUUCUCGGUCAGGUUACGGAGGGGACUGCGUCUGGCUCAGAAGGUGGACUACCCAGCCUUCGGCGUGUUGGCGCCCCAUUCUCACGACAGCACUUCGUCUGGGGAUAAGAAGCUGGCUCACAGUGCCCAGAUGUACCACUAUCAGCAUCAGAAGCAGCAGAUGUUGUCCCUGAAACACAGGGACGAGGCCAAGAUGACAGAGUCAGGAGCCACUUCAGAUGAAGAGAAUGAAGAUGGAGAUUUCACAGUCUAUGAGUGCCCAGGACUGGCUCCAACGGGAGAGAUGGAGGUGAGGAACCCGCUGUUCGACGACUCCACCCUGCACCUCCACGCUCACCGAGGCCACAAGUGAUCACGGACAAUUGUGCAUUACCAAUCAUCACCAAAAUAAUGUUUGCAUUACCAAUCAUCGCUUUAUGUUUCGCACACACACACACACACACACACACACACACACACACACAAACGCACACACACACGCUUGCACUCUCUUAUGUAACAUUGCCCUCGUCUGUGUGACAUCACCAUCCCACCGUAAGCGCUGCUGACCUGUGCGUUCGGAGAGGAAGAGGAAGAUGGACAGAACUCAGAGGCAGCAAAUGGGAGGAGUGGACUUGAAUGACAAGAGGGCGAGAAUGGAUGUGGAACGUGGAGGAAGAGAAUGUAGGAGCGGAACGUGAGCACAGCACACGGCAAAGACUCUGUUGACUGCCACAGUGUUGUUGUUGACUGCCUCAGUGUUGUUGUUGACUGCCUCAGUGUUGUUUCACCGGCCUCUUCAUCUCAAAUGUCCUUGUUUAUCUUCUCUAUCUCUUAAGGUUUCACCUUUCUUGACCUCCCUCGUAGCUUACUGGUUUAGUACUUCAUUUAUCGACUUGUCACUUGUUCAACGACUCCAUUUCUGUCUCACUAAACACACACAUACACAGACACACGUGCGGGGGGCGAUGGAAACAAUUGACCUGCUUAAUUGUGGACAUAUCUGCUUUCUUUUGUGUCCUGGUGUCUGCAUUAGCAUCUCACAGCUAACUUUUUGAUCCUCAUCACGCAGUUCUAGUGGUAUAGUCAGCAUGGCCAUAUGGAGCAUCCAUUAAGUCUCCUAUGGGGACUCUCAGAAACUACUACCACCACUGACUCAUGGUCUCGCGUCCUGACGUCCUUACGCUGGCUAAUAUUAGGUAAGGUGGGACAUCAUAUACUCAUUCUAUGGCAUAUAUUACAUAGUCCUCACUUCGGCUACUGUCGAUUUCUUUUUCUUUUCUUUUUUUCCGUGUUCAAUCCAACAUUGCAGGCCACACUCGCUCACCCCCCCCCCCCCCCCCCCAGCCUGUAAACUUGAACAAUGAGAAGUGCAUUCAAUCAGGAGAGGAAAACCUUAAGCUCACGGUGGUCAGACUUCAGGUCAUCCUUCGGCCCAGUCUCUUUGCCUUUUUUUUCGCCUGAAGAAUAGAAUGAGACACUCCCCUCAUCAGAGUUUCCUUCCCGAGUCCGUGGCCGGUUCUGGUUCUGCCACGGAUCCACCUGAGGUGCCCGAGCUGCGUGCCAGAACCGCUCCAGUAAUCCGCUGCUCGUUGGGUUUGUUGUAAGUACUUGACUCUGAAAACAUAUCAAACCAGCCAAUAUCAAACCCGGGGGGAGGGACGCUGGGCACACUCUUAGUGUUAUCGCCAGUCAGAACCCAUUUAC